UUUCUUCCAUUUGUGAGUCCCUGCUGCAGAGUGGACAUACAUCACUGUAUGGUCUGCAUCACUACAACUACAGACAACAACUUUACCCUUUCUUGAAUGGAUGUCAGAAGUUCGGACUCAACUAAUUAAUAAACAAGAAAUUCUGCUCAAAUUCAACAACGAUGUGGACAUUUUUUUUUACCAGAUGAUGAAACAGAAUUUAUGUUUCCGAUGUUAUCACUGGGCCGUUGCAGCAAAAUAGAACUAAGUAUUUCACUAAGGAACAAGCUCACUGAGUCUGUCUAGGGUCACGUGGUCAGAUGUGGAAAAGCAGUGUGAUGACAAUGUUCCGGACUCUGGUAGUAGUGUUGGUAAGUUUGUCAUCUCUUGGACAUGGAAAUGUUACCCAGACAAAAAUCAAGAUGGGCGUAUUGCUGAUAUCCGAUGAUCGGGUACCAUUCAGCGUGCAAAGGGUGUACCCAGCCAUUGAAAUUGCCAUGGAGACCGUGAACACCAAAUACCUGAACGACAGCUACGCUCUGGAGAGUGAGCUACAGGUGUUUGACAAUGUUUGUAACUCCAGAAAUGCUACAGGUUUUGCAGCAAAACUGUUCUACGAGAACCACGUGUCUGUGUUCGUAGGUCCAGCCUGCGUCUACGCUCUGGAAGGAGUUGGUCGUGUGGCGAGCUUCUGGAAUAUUCCUGUUAUUACAGGUUUGGGAGACGGAGGGCAGUUCAAAAACAAGACUGAGUACUCCACCCUGACCAGGUUUUCCUAUUGCCAGUGUCGUCUGCGAAGUGUCUUCGGCAGUGUUUUGAAAGAGUUUGGCUGGAAGGACCUGGUCAUCAUCUAUGAUGUGGAUGAUGUGCAUUCCAACGAACUGGGGAUGACACUCAACGAGGGCUUGACGCAAGAGGGAUACAUGCCGAUCGUCAUCAAGUACUGCGAGUGCAGCAGCCAGAAAAUUCAGAGCAUCCUUCAAGACGCGAGUAAACAUGCCCGAGAUGGCUGUCAGCCUGACUGGUGGCUGUUCUGGUUUCUUGCAGUUGUAAUCCUGAUCCUACCCGGGGACACACUGCGCAUGUUCAUGCUGGCUGCUCACGGCCUUGGCUACCCGCAAUCCGGAGACUACGUCUUCCUGGACGUGCAGCUGUUCACCUUCCCGGGACCCUACUGGGGCGACCACGACUGGCGACGGGACGACGACAGCGACGCCGCAGCCCGGGAAGCCUACGAUGCCAUCCUAAGGCUGUCGUUGUCGCUCACUGAGGGCGAUGACUGGCAGACCUUUUGCCGAGAGAGUGAAUUUUUUAUUGGAGCGUUUCAUGAUGCCAUACUGCAUUAUGGAGAUGCUCUGAACAAGACUCUGUCACAAGGUGGCGAUAUUUUGGAUGGCUACACCAUCUCACGGUACAUGUGGAACAAGACAUUCAUAGGAGUUACAGGCGAAGUCAUCAUUGACAGAAAUGGAGACAGGGUCACCAACUUUGCCAUUCUAGACAUGAAUAUGGACACCGGACAUUUUGAGGUAGGGACUGCUUGA